UUCCUGCCACAGGAACCCGGAGCAUCAGACCAUGCUAUGGAAGAUCCCCAGCCUUUCCCAGCGGUCGGAAAAUGGAGGUGUGGGGGCCUUACUGGGGAGGUUCCAGUUGACGGAUGGUCCUAGUAAACCUUCCCAGUUGGCAGUGCAGUUCACCAGUGAGGGCAGCACUCUCUCUGGCUGUGACAUCCAGCUGGUGGGGACUGGCUAUAGGCUUUCCCUCGUCAAGAAGAGGUUCGCCGCAGGGAAGUAUUUGGCCGACAAUUAGUCCACACUGUUGUAAAAGAAGCUAUGGAACAAUGGAUUGUGAGAAUAAGAGACGGGGAAUGGAUCGCACACUUAAAACAUGGCAUCAACAGAGAAACUUCUGGAACUUCUUUCACUUCUGUUGUGAUGAUGCAUGUUGGACUAAACCAAUAGGAUGUAGUCAACACUCCAGGGUAUAAUUUUACUGUAAACCCCAUUCUGUUCAGUAGUAUCACUGCUGAGUUUAUGCAAGUAGUACCAGUUUUUGUUGUUGCAGCCACUGGGUUUUGGAGGCAAAUCACAAAGCACAUUUAACCCCAAUUAGCAUAGUUACUCAUCCUUCGUGGGUACAUACAGUGACCCAGCCUUAUUUGAGAGACGUUUAUAAAUAGAAAGUUAUGAAAAAUAUUCUUAGCAGAAAAAUGUGAAUAAAUACUGUAAUUAAUGUUACAUUUGUCUAAAUUGAGAAUAAAGGUAACUCCUUUCCUGAGCCAAGUUAGUGCAACAUUUUGAUGGAUGCCAUCCAUCAAAAAAAUCCGUGUUUUUUCCAUUUGAUCUUGUUGACACAUUCAUCAACCAGCACCUGAUUUAAGGUCAUGACAAAUAGCCUUUUAGUGGUGUUUUCCCAAUUACGGACAGAGUAAACAAUAAAGCUGCCUUUCUAGCAGGAACAAGGAGUUAAUGUGUGUUGACUACUACACUACAUGUUAAUAUCGCAGAAUAUCAUAGAAACCUCCAAUAACUGUUUAUUGACAAUACAAUACCAUGUGAUGUGUGUCCCCUUUGUUAUUUACAUUUCUUGUUUUUCCACCAUGUGGAGUAAAUAGGUGUUUUAUCAUUUUCUAAAAGCAAUAUUAAAAAUCGGUAUGUAAAAAUUGUAAAUACGAAAGACGUUUCCUGAUCUGAUAUCUGUUUGGAAAUAUGAGUGUAUGUGUAUUGUUUAUGAAUACAUUGGUGUUGUUAGACCUUAAAUAGAACAUUGCAGCACUUUUUAGACAACAGUUCAUGUUUUUUUCCGCGUGGAAAUUACUGUGACAUGUCCAUGAUUUAAAAAAAUAAGUAAAAUGGCGCAGCAUGUAAUUUGCAUCACUUAAACCGUUAAUCAUCAUCACCCCAACUUUAUUCUGUACUCCAGUGCAAAUCCGUUUCAUUGUAGGAUGUUAAGAUAAAAACAAUAUGGAAAGCAAAAUAUUAAACAUGAGUCAUAUCUGUGACAAGGCUAUUCAGAUCCAGGCCGGUAGUAGAAGAGUAGAGAACUGCACUUGCUGUAAAUUCCACGUUCUACAUUGUGGUUGCACCUGAAAACUGACACGCCUACCUUUAGCAUGUUUCCCAAGUAUUGCACCACCUUGAUAGAUUACAGUCAACGUCAUCCUCUCUUUCCCGACAUAGGCUACACACGAACAUUUUUAUGGCGUCAGUAAUUGCUUCCAAAGCUUGAUGCCAUCCACGCCAUGUGUUUUGAACAUUACAUUUUAUAGAAUGUUUUGAAGCGUCCUGGUCGCAUCGCAAUAUUCACUUCAUUUAAGUCAUACUCGUUUUAGUAAAAGUAAAAAAUAAAGAAAAAAUAAUAAACAGGCUUACAGUAGGCUUACAAUAUAAUUUCACUUAAUUUUGACCACACAAGCAGUAAUUCAUAAUUUCAGUAAUUUAUAUAGUGCUUAGACAAGUUAAUUUGCCUUAUGGAUUUGCAUAUUUCCAGUGACAUAAUUACAUUCUUUCUGUACUUUUGUUUUAUUUUUCUAAAAUAAUAAUACUGUUCUGUCUGUAAUGUAUUCAUUGGACACUGCGCCGGACACUAAAUAUGCAAACAUUUCAUGUACAUUUCCCAUCCAAAGAUUUUAAGAGUAAUUAUAUAAAAAAUGAAUAUCAUGUAUUAUCUGUUUUACUUGGUAAUAAAGACCUGAAGAAUAUUGGGUA